AACUCAAUUAUCCUCACUUCACUUCCCCCUUGAACAUCCUUUUCUCAUCUACAGAAAAAUGGGGGGCUGUCUUUCUCAAAACUAGCUAGAACCAUAUCUCUUCUUCUCGCCUAACACAUGAUCAUCAUCGAUCUCUUCCUGGCUUUGCUUUGCAGAAGUAUAAAAGAAGAGUACACUAUGGCUGUCUGUGUCAUUCUCAAACUCCAUGCCAGCAGCAGCUAGGCUGGUUGCAGGGUUCAAGGCUAGGGUUGUCCUCUUAGGUGCAAUCUCUCGAGCAAAGCUAGCUAAAAUGUUUCCCUCAAAUGACAUUUAUGCCAACAUUGUUACUCCAAAUUCCAAACAGGAAGAGUUUUCUCUCCCUUUCUUUCACUUUCCCUCUCCCUACAAUCUCCAUGAAUUAGGAGAAAUACUAGACGAUCAUGAUCUUUUCCUCCAUCAGCACCAUGACCACCUUCUGUUUCAUCAACCCUUGAUGAGAAGUAGCGAGGAUUCAGUCUCGGAAACUAUCAUUAACAUGCCUGAUUCGGACAAGAUCGACGAGUCAAUGAUUGAUUGCGGUACUGCUAGAAGUGGAAAUGAGAUCAACAAGAAAGUCCCAAGAAAGAGGUCUAACAAGGGAGAUCGGCACAGCAAGAUCAACACGGCACAAGGGCCGAGAGAUCGGAGAAUGAGAUUGUCUCUAGAAGUUGCCAGAAAAUUUUUUGGCCUGCAAGACAUGUUGGGAUAUGAUAAAGCUAGUAAAACCGUAGAGUGGCUGCUUCUUCAGGCAAAGCCUGAAAUCGAGAAAUUACUUACUUAUGGUGUCUCCUGCAGGACGAAUCCCAACAGCUACAGUACUAGUAUCCCUUCAUCUUCUACUUCUGAGUGUGAAGUAGUGUCUGGAAGCAUUUCUAAGGGGAAACCCUUGAGGAAGAACAAAAAAAUCAGUAGACAGACACGUAAAGUCUCUCUGCGCCCUCUCGCCAGGGACCUGAGGAAGAAGGCAAGGGCAAGGGCAAAGGCAAGGACAGAAGAAAAGAAGCAGCAGUGGAGUGAAAAAUUGAAUCAAUCAAAGUUGGAGAAAAAUGAUAUGAAUCAAUUAAGUUGUUGGCGAUCCUUUGAAACUGGAGGAAAAUCCUGUACUCUAAGUCACAAAAUGAAUCCUUCUCUAAUGGAGGUAGUAACUGAUCAGGUUGAAGAGCCAAGGUCUAAUGGCCGCCAAAACUUAGGGGUUCAAGGAGACAUUGUGGAUGAAACAUUGUCAAUUAUGAGUCCGAAUACAAUCUUCACUUGUCUGCAAAAUUCUGGAAUUCCUCAAGAGCAACAACUAACAGAUUUCCAUGGCGUUUGGCAAAUCAUGGGAGGCCUACAACCAUAAUCAGAAUCUAUACUUACGAUAAGGGUUAAAUCUCUUUACCCUCUUUGAUGUGCCAAAAGCAUUUAUAUGCAUUUGGGGCAUGCUAUAUGUGGGUAUAUAUUAAUAUUGUCUUUAUUCUGUGUUUGAAGGGUAACAUGCAUAGACAUGUUGAUCUUAUCUUCUAGUUUUCUUGUGGACAACUUAACUUGUCAAUGAUUAAUAUCCCAUAAAUGUGAUUGUUAAUUAAUAAUGCUGUGUUUUGGUUAUUUCUAGCUGUUCUAAAUAGUAAAGUAAUAUUCGCGUAUUAAUUAAAACCGAGAUUGAUUAGGUAAUUUUAUAAGAUUAAGUCUAAUUAUAUUUUUUUUCAGUGAUUGAUUUUUGUAUAUGCAGUUCUUGGGGCUCAUAUAUACAUAGUUUCCUCAUGCCUCAUUUUCCCAAGUUGCAAGAUGGUUGCAUUGAGUUUUUGUCUUGGUUCUAGUUUCCAGGUUUCCUUCUGAAUGUAAAAUUCCUCCAUAUUUAUCUCAGAGAGUUCACAGGUUACAUAAGUUCAAUAUGCCUAAGAUUGGAUCAGGCAAGACAAGCUUUCGAGAAGUGAUUGAAUGGAUUGAUGAUGAUAUCAUCACCUAUCAAAUAAAUAUUGCUGUCUUUC